CUGGCGCACUUCACGAAGACAACCCACCAAACGCUGUCUGUUGUUGCAAUGCCAGAAGCGAGAGAGGAGACACAGCCGCAAUGUGUUGCAGCCCCUCGUGUGAUGGUGGGCUGCGGUGGGCUGCAUAAGCCUUUACAAGUACAUUUACACCCACGAGACGUGAGAGAAAAGAUACAGAACCCCCGCCAAGUGCAAGCAGAAUCGGAGCAAGAGAGUUGGAGUGGGAGACACGAGAGUGUGCAGCGUGCACCUGCCCACAAUGUCGUCCUCUUCAUCCAAGGCAGUCCGCCCGGCAGUAGUUUGGUUCCGUGGAUCAGACCUUCGCAUCCAUGACCAUGAGCCAUUGCUGGAGGCAGCCAAGGCAAGCAAAGGCCACGUUGUGCCCGUGUAUUGCUUUGACCCGCGGCAAGUCGGACCAGCUGCGAAAACAAGGUGUGGGCAGUUCCCCAAAUGCGGGUGGCAGCGCACGCGCUUCAUUGUCGAGUGUGUGGAGGACCUGCGCCGUAACCUGCAGCGCCUUGGCAGCAACCUCGUUGUCCGCGUCGGCGAGCCAGAGGAGGUCAUCCCAGACAUUGUGUCCAUCACGGGCGCAACCGAGGUGUUUGGACAGAAAGAGGUAUGCUCGGAGGAGACCGGCGUCGAACAUCGCCUGGCAAAACGCCUUUCUGUCCCUCUCACCUUGAGGUGGGGUGCAAUUACGCUGUGCCAUCGCGAUGAUCUCCCAUAUGAGCGCUCCUGCAGCGACUUGCCAGGAGUCUUCUCGCAGUUCCGCAAGGCAGCAGAGGCAUGUGUGCCCAUCCGUCCACCGCGCCCGCCGCCGCCAUCGCUGCAGCCGCUGCCGCAACCCAUCGCCGGUGACCCGGGUCACGUGCCACCUGUUACGCAGCUCAGCCCAAACGCCCCAGCGAAGGCAGAUGAGCGCGGGGUUCUCACAUUUGUCGGCGGAGAAACUGUUGCCCGCACACGUGUCAAGCACUACCUCUGGGAUACAGACUGUAUCGCAACAUACAAGGACACACGCAACGGACUCGUGGGCGCAGAUUACUCGUCCAAGUUUUCUCCCUGGCUGGCACACGGCUGUGUCAGUGCAAGGUGGAUCCACAGCGAAGUCAAGCGCUAUGAGCGGGAGCGGGUGAAGAACAACAGCACGUACUGGCUCGUGUUUGAACUACUGUGGCGUGAUUACUUCCGCUUCGUUGCCCUGCAACACGGCACAGCCAUCUUCAAAGAAGGUGGCGUGCAGCGCAAGGGCAUUGCCUGGCGCCACAGUCCUCUUGACUUGUCUGCGUGGCAGGAAGGGCGGACCGGGUUUCCCUUUGUUGACGCCAAUAUGCGGGAGCUUGCCGCCACCGGUUUCAUGAGCAACAGAGGCAGGCAAAACGUCGCUUCGUUCCUGACAAAGGAUUUGCUGAUUGACUGGCGGCUUGGCGCUGAGUGGUUUGAGUCCCUCCUCAUUGACCACGACCCCUGCGCAAAUUACGGCAAUUGGAACUAUGCCGCUGGAAUUGGCAACGACCCCCGCCAGGGCCGACACUUCAACGUCAUUCGUCAAGCCAAGACGUACGAUCCUGCAGCCGAGUACGUGCACCUGUGGGUGCCAGAGCUGAAACACCUCCCCGCGCCGUUUGCCCACACCCCAUACCAGGCGCCCCAUGGUGAGCUAGAGGCUGCCGGUGUUGCCUUGGAAAAGUCGUACCCGCGCCCAAUUGUUGCCAGUCUGGAUAACGGUCGCAUUCCCAUCCGUGGCGGCGCAGCCAAGAUGUAUAGCGCUGGGAAGCCGUUCAAGGGGCCAAAGUGGAUGGACAGGGACGGACAAGAAGCAGGCAGCAACACCAGCGAUGGCGGGGGACGCAGCCGCUCAGGGAAGCGCAGAGGCCGUCACAAUCGAAAGCCACGCGUUCAAGGCGGCUGGUCAUAGUGUUGCGGUGGAUGGACGUGUGGUUUGAUGGGUUGCUCGCUGUUUGUCGCUCGCUGUCUUUCCCGUUGUACCUGAUUGUUGGUGACAAGCUCAUGUUCAUGUGUCUGAGCAUGCGGGCUGCUGGUUGACGUUUAUUGUAGCAUAGACAGCAUUGAAUACGAAUAGCAAUCGGUUCUUGGAUCUCCGUCUCGAGCAACAACCAUGAAUGAAUCACAUCACCAUCAAAUCACCACCACCACAAUGAAAAAGCA